AAAAUAGAUGCAAAACCAACCAAACAAUGCACUGCUUGGGGGCUUGGCUUCAUCCUCCAUGUAGCAACAACUCAACCAACACAUUCCAAAUUUUGUUUUUCAGUUUUGAGUUUUCCUUUUCUUUUUAUGGUUUAGUAGUACCACUCCAGUAUAUACACUGCUACUACCGAGUUGCAGAUGUGUACAUCCAUCCCAGUGAAAAGUGCAGUGGCAGAGGCAGAGCAGCCGGUGAAGUAGCAGUUGGAGCUAAGCUAGCAAUGGAUCCCCUGAAGCUGAAACCACCCUCCAUGGCCACCCGCAAGCGCCUCGCCGGCGCCGCCCUCGGCUGCCUCUCGCUCUUCCUCCUCUCCCGCGCCCUCCUCUUCUCCCAAGACGACCCGGAGCCCGUCAAGCGACCGGACGAGGCGUCCUCAAUCUCAUUGCCGCCCGACCGCAUUGCCAUUAUUGCUGCUGCACCUGCGCCGAGCCCAGCUACUGCUGCUGCUUCCGAUGGCUCGCCGGCGCCGGCCCAGGAUGAAGUCCGGUGCGACCUGUUCGACGGCAGCUGGGUGUACGACCCGGCCGGCUAUCCGCUCUACGACGCCGGGGAGUGCCCCUUCUUGAGCGACCAGGUCACCUGCCGGAGGAACGGCCGGCCGGACUCCGGCUACGAGCACUGGCGGUGGCAGCCCAGGCGGUGCGCCGCCGCUCUCAGGCUGCGUGGUGGGGAGAUGCUGGAGCAGUGCCGGGACAAGCGAGUGGUGCUCGUCGGCGACUCGCUCAACCGCAACAUGUGGGAGUCGCUCGCCUGCAUCCUCUACGCCGCGGCGCCCGACCGCUCACGCGCCACCGUCGACGACGCCAGCGCCGACCACAAGAUCUUCCAAGCAUUGUUGAACUUUUUUUGCGAUCACGGACAGGAUUACAACUGCACGGUGGAGUUCUACUGGAGCCCGUUCCUGGUGGACCUCGACGACCAGACCAGGGUGCUGAAGCUGGACCGCCUCCCGGCGACGACGUAUCGCCGGCUCGCCGCCGCCGACGUGCUGGUGUUCAACACGGGCCACUGGUGGACGCACACCGGCAAGUUCAGGGCGUGGGAUCACCUGGAGAGGAACGGGAAGAAGGUGGAGAUGGGAGCGGAGGAAGCCUUCAACCGCGCGCUCCGGACAUGGACGCGGUGGCUCGAUCGAAACGUGGACUCUCACAAGACCAUGGUGUUCUUCCGCAGCAUCUCCCCCGAGCACAAGAACAAGAACUGGUGCUACAACGAGACGGCUCCGAUGGCGAGGGCGGAGGAGUACGUGGAGGCGUUCCCGAGAGGGAUGGUGUCGAUCGUGGAGAGGAACGUGAGGAGGGCGAGGACGGCGGUGGGGUACCUGGACAUCACCCGGCUGUCGGAGCUCCGGCGAGACGCGCACCCGUCAGUGUUCACGGUCAGGGGAGGGAAGCUGCUGACGCCGGAGCAGAGGCGGCAGCCGGGAUCGUACGCCGACUGCAGCCACUGGUGCCUGCCCGGGCUGCCUGACACGUGGAACCUUCUCCUCUUUGCCUCCUGGACCUCGCUUCGAUCCUGAGAUCAUCUCUUCUUCUCCAUUGUCGAUGCGCCAUUGAUGCAUCAUGCAUGUAUAUAUAGGAUUAAUUGUUGCUGAAACUCCUCGUUUUUUGUCUUGUGAA